GCACCCACCCACCCCCACCCCACCCCCCGCCUGCCCAGAGGCCCCAGGCGUCUCCAGGGCUGCUCCUGCAGCUGGCCUGGCCCUCUCCCCAGGUGCACCAGCCAUGACGCCGCAGCCGCAGGUGGAGACAGAUGCCAUCGGGGCCGGUGAGGGGCCGCAGCGGGCUGCGCCCUGGUCAGCCUGGGCCACGCGGCAGGCCUGGGUGCGCUGGUGUCUGUGCCACGUGCCUCGGAGCUGGGCCCAGUGGUGGGCCACGUCGGGCUGGCGGCAGCCACUCCAGCGUGCGCUGUGGGGGCUGGAGGGGAUCCUCUACCUGCUGCUGGCGCUGACGCUGUGCCACGCGCUCUUCACCACCGGCUCCUACCUGCUGAGCUCCCUGUGGCCCGUCGUGGCCGCCGCGUGGCGCCAUCUGCUGCCAGCCAUCCUGCUGCUGGUGCUCAGCGCCCUCCCCACCCUGCUCUUCACCGCCUCCUUCCUGCUGCUUUUCUCCACGCUGCUGAGCCUCGUGGGCCUCCUCACCUCCAUGUCUCACCCAGACUACACUCAGGACUUGGACCAAUAGAAGGGCAACCCCAUCCCGCUGCCUGUGUCUGUUGAGCCCUGGCCUAGGGCCUGAGGUCCUGGGGAAGGGGAGGGCAGUGGCUUCAGCAGGCCCCAGACCCCACCCCCCAGCCCCCAGCCCUGCCCCCGCCCCGUCCCUAGCACUGCUCGGGCCAGGCGUGAUGUGGCCUAGAGCUGGCCCCGUAGACCGGCCCAACCUCUGGCCACCAUCUGCCGAAGCUACAGGUCCUCGGUGUGAGGCAUUGGGGGCUUUGAGAAGAAGGGGCAGGGCAGAAGGGUGAGCCAGGGGCAGAGCUUGGCCAAGCCGCCGAGAGUUCCCACAAGGGUUUGGUGACACCACCAGGGCUCCCUUGGCAACUGGCAGCUGCUUUUCCUCACAGAUGCCCAGCUGUCUCAGCUGUAGACUCAUUGAGAACUUCUAGCUCGGUAGCCCUCUUUCCCCGAGCUCUAGAAAGGGCCCACUGACAGAAACCUAGCUGAGAGAGGGCUGGCCAGAAGCCCCAUGAGACCUCAACUAACUCACCUCCCGCUCCUUUCUGCCCAGGCAUCCCCCACUCCCUAGACUCCCUACCUUCUGCCUCAGUGAGCACCCCCAAGUCUGGGAAGUGGGCCAGCUAGGGUAGUGAGGAUCCCAGAGGAGACCUACUUUAAGAUACCUAAGGUCUGUGAUGGAAAAAAUGAACAAGAAGUCCCAUUUCCCCACUUACACAAUGUGUGGCCAUGGCCAGUUAAUUCUUUUGAACUUCGGUGUUAAGUGGGUCCCAACCCUGUCAUGGGGUUGUUGUGAGUCAAAGAAAAUACCGCCUAUGUGUGAGGUACUUCGUAAAGACCAGAAAACUGUAAGAUAUUAUAUUGAAGUCUGAGAAUAAUCUGUAGGCUCAACGGGUCUUUUGACCCUGAAGGUGGUUGAAAGAGCAGGAAGCUUCCCUGGGCCUUCAGAGAAACGCUCUGUCAUGCAUACAAUUUUGGCCCUCCGAAAUUGUGGAUGGGUGUGGAGAUGUAAAAGGUCGUGUGACAUGAAAUCUCGAAACAUGCACAUGCUGAGCUCUCCUGAUUGUGAAAUGCUUGCAGCUGGGGCCUGGCGCCCGGAGAUGCCUGGACAGCUGUGUGAGUGAAGAAAGCAGAGCCCAUGGGUUUCUGAAGCUGUCCCGACUGCUGCUCACAGCUCCAGGAAGGUCUGGAAGAGGGCAUCCCUUCAUGCCCAGCACCCUGGCCCUUCACCCACAGCUCAGACCCACCCACCAGACCCCCACCCAGUUCCUGACCCUCCCUGUCUUCCACCCAGUCGUGACCCCACUGGAUAUCUAACCCUAAAAUUUCUGCUCCUGAAGCCCUAGAACCAAAGUUCCUCUUUCCUGCCACCUAAACAUUCAGGCCAUGGGAACCAGACCCUAGGACCUAAGUUUAUUUUUGCGAAAACCCAUUUGCUGUGGAGUUUCAUAACCAUGCAGGCCACUGGUCAGAGGCCUUCAACAUCCAAAGCCCCAAACCCCAGGCACAGUCCUUCCUUCCAGUUUCCUUGUGGUUCGCCCUCAAAUGUGGCCUGGUAGGAAGGGCAAGACAGGACAUGGAGAUGGUGAAGCCUCAUGGUUAGCCUGGGCUCUGGGGUAUUGGCUGAGAAUGGGUUUGAAUCCCAAGCACUGUUACUUUCUAGCUCCGUGGCCUUGGUGGAAAUUGUUAAAGUUUACCUUCUUGAACUUCAUUUUCCUCAAGGGUAAAACCAAGGCAAGAACACCUGUUUUAGGGCCCCUGUGGGGCUCGUGGCAUGUGGGCAAAAUUCCUGGACUGACUCCUCAUGCCACAAGCUGUAGCUAUGCUAUCCCCUUUUAGAGAUAAGGAGACAGGCUCAGGAUCGCCGUUUGCCAGGGGCAAAGCCAGGGUGUUUGAAUCCUGGUUCACCCUAGUGGGCUACGCAAGCAAAUGCGAUGGAGGAAAUAUAACCGCAUGGAAGACCCUGGGGCCUCUCAAUGCCUGUUCUUAAGAGCUCCUGUUAGGGAUGAAGCCAGGAUGCCAGUCUUGGGUCUCUCGCUGACUUGGCUGGCCAUUGCUGGCCAGGGACAUCACUUCAGAGCCUUGGGGCCAUUAUGAUUAAGGGAGAGAGGAGGUUUUGGCCCAGACCAGGCACACUGCGGAGAUGGGGGCAGGAAGGAUUUGGACAGAAGCAAGGAGAAGGCCUUCUUCCCUUCCCCACAUAAAUAUAUACCUUCUACCCUCCUGUGUCUGCUGGUAGAGGAUAAGGUGGUACAGCCAGACUGCAGAGCUGAUGGGCAAUAUUUAUCAAAUUUGAUCAACCAAUACCCUGUGACCCAGCAAUCCAAAAUGAAGUCUCAUAGAGGCCCGUAAGGGCCUGGCUCCUCAGAGUGGUCCCACCAGGACCAGAAGUAGAGGUAUCCCCUGGGAGCUGGCGAGAAAUGCAGAGUCUGAGCCCCCCCCCCCCCCAGGCCUGUGGAAUCAGAGCCUGCAUUUUAACAAGAUCCCAGGUGAUACACAUGCACACAAAUGUUUGAGAAGCACUGCAUAAGGGGAUGUAUUUGAGAGGGCUGAUUGUACUAUUGGUGGUGGCAGGGGAUGGGAAAGGUCAAAUCAGGUGGAUGAGCACAGCUUAUUUUACACAGUUAGGUUUAAGCACAGUUAGGAGAGGAUGCUAUACGCAUUGAUCUCGAAAUCCUAGUGCUGAGUGAAAAGAAUGAGAAUACAAUUCCUUUUACACAAAUUUAAAAUGUAUGCCAGCAAAACUUUUUUUUUCCCCUCUAGAACACGUGAAAACAAAAGAUAAACAGAAAGGAAUGGCCAACUCUAGGGGCAGGCAAGGGGGAGUGGAGUAUACAGAUAAAAGGGAAGUGAGGGACCUUGGCAUCAUGAACGUCAUUCCUGAAAUUCCUUUGAAUGUAGAUAAAGUCACUCGUUUAGAGUUAAAAAGCUUAAAAAUGCAAGCCUGGGGCAAAUGAACAGGCUGGAAUGAAGGAGUUCUAGGUCUUUCCGAUUUGGGCCAAGAAAGGAGAGCCGCCCCGUUGGCCUGAGUGACCUGGACGGUUAGGUCGGUGUCUUUGCCUGGCCUCCCGCACCGCAGCCCGCAGCCUGCUCUGAUGGGGUGGCGGUGGGGGUGGCGUGGGCACCCCGUUACCCGCGUGGCCUGACCAGGAUAAUCAGAUCGGGCGGGGCAGGAGGGACGGGAGCCGAGGAGGCAUCAGCCGCCAGGUCCGUCGCAUCUAAGAGAGCAGAGAGGGAGCCACAGGGCAUCCACAUAUGCUGGGGGGCACCUAGGAGCAGGAGCGUCGGGUACGACUCUCCUCCGCCCCAGGUGCAGAAAGCACCGAGUAGGAGCGAUCGGGACGGAGGGUCCGAGAGGGCGGCGUCAAGGGAACUCCGGGGGCGGGGGGCACCUCUUGAGACAGUUGUCAGUGGCCACCCUGGGGAAGGUUGAGGGGUCCCUGGAAGGAGGAGCUGUGCGGCGCCGGAGGAUCCUCUAAGAGCCAGCUGCGGGUAGCCGAGAGGGGGCGCUCUUCCGCAGACUCGCGUGUGCGGGGGAAAGUGGGUCCCGGCUCGGGGGUGUGGGGAGCGGCUG